AUGCCUUCGCCGCCACCGCCUCCCACCGUGUGCGCUCUCCUCCCCUUCUCUCCCCCCUCAUGCGCCGGCCACCCUCACCACUCGCGCCUCCCCGCGCGCCGCCGCCUGUGUGUCCGCAGCUCAAGGCCCAGCCCGCCGGGUCUCCCCAAGCCCAGCACUAGCACUAGGCCGCCUCCACCGCCACAGCGCCGCCUGCACAGGGCGGACCGCCGCCUCAGCGCCCUGAUCCACCGGGGCGACCUCGACGCGGCGCUCCGCCUCGUGGGCUCCUCGCCGCGCCCGCCCGACGUUCCGCUCGCCAACCGGCUUGUCCGCGACCUCUGCCGGCGGGGCCGCCCCGCCGACGCCGCUCGCGUCGUCGAGGCGUGUGGGCCCGAGGCCACCGCCGCCACCUACGGCGCGCUGGUCGACGGGUACAGCCGCGCGGGCCUGCUCGAGGACGCGCGCCGCGUCGUGGGCGGCAUGCCCGCGAACGUGCAGGCCAGCAGCGCGUACGCCUACAACCCGCUCAUCCACGCGCUCUGCGAGCGCGGGCGGGUCGCGGACGCCCUCGGGGUGCUCGACGGCAUGCUCUGCCGCGGGUGCGCGCCCGACGUGGUCACCUACAACAUCCUCCUCGAGGCGGCGUGCAAGGGGAGAGGAUACCGGCAGGCCAUGGAGCUCAUCGACCUCAUGCGCGCAGAGGGGUGUGAGCCCAACGUCGUGACGUACAAUGUCAUCAUCGACGCUAUGUGCAGAGAAGGUGAUGUAGACCAGGCACGCGAGCUUCUCAACAGCCUGCCUUUUAGAGGUUGCAAGCCCAACACUGUCAACUACAACACUGUUUUGAAGGGUUUCUUUAGCAUUGAGCGAUGGGUGGAUGCUGAUGAGCUUCUAGACGAGAUGGUUCGAGAGAAUUGCCCACCAAACGAAGCAACAGUCAAUGUGAUCGUCAAUACCUUGUGUCGGAAAGGAUUGCUCCAGAAGGUUACUCGGUAUCUAGAGAAAAUGUCAAAGCAUGGAUGCACGGCAAAUGUUGUUACUUACAAUGCUGUCAUCAGUGGGAUGUGUGAGCAAGGGCAUGUGGAUAGUGCCUUGGAGUUACUAAGCAACAUGCAAUCCUUUGGUUGUAAACCCGAUAUUGUCACCUACAACACUCUGCUAAAGGGUUUGUGCAGCGCUGAUCGGUGGGAGGAUGCUGAGGAGCUAAUGAUUAAGAUGUCCCAGAAUGAUUGCCUCCCAGAUAACGUGACAUUCAAUACUAUAAUCAGUUUCUGGUGUCAAAAGGGAUUGAUUUUGCAGGCCUUUGAAGUCUUUAAGCAAAUGCCUGAGAAAGGCUGCAAUCCUAAUUCAACCACUUACAGUACAAUAAUAGGUGGACUAGCCAAGGCUGGCAAGAUGGAACAAGCCCUUGAGUUGUUGAAUGAAAUGGCCAGCAAAGGAUUCAACACAGAUAAGAUGUACCAGUUGUUAACUGAGAGUCUGAAUAAAGAGGAUAAAAUUGAAGAGGUUGUUCAGGUGGUUCAUAAGCUGCAAGAUUCAGGCAUAUCACCUCAGACAGUACUCUACAAUACAGUACUGUUAGGGCUUUGCAGAAAUGGGAAAACAGAUUAUGCUAUUGAUGUGCUUGCUGAUAUGGUGUCCUGUGGUUGUAUGCCUGAUGAAUUGACCUACAUUAUACUCAUUGAAGGUUUGGCUUAUGAGUGCUAUUUGAAGGAGGCAACAGAAUUGCUAAGCAAGUUGUGCUCAAGAGAUGUUCUUUCUAACAGCUUGAUCAACAAUGAAGCUUUGUUGUUAGAUCAAAAUAUUCUCUCUUCUUGA